CGUUGUCAUGCGAGGGAGAAUACAUUGACUACAGGUUUAUUGACUCAAGCAGAAAGCACAGGGACACCGACAUGUUGAACAGCUUGGACAUGUCAUGUGACCAGUGAUACAGUGGUGAUCCAUGAACAAUCGGAAUAUCUCGGUUACGCGGUGAAUGUAGGAAGGAGGUCGAACAGCCAGGGCAUGUGUGGGUAAAAUGGUUCUGUGAGGACAGUUAGUGACAGUGGCCCAUUGACAAGGUAGAUUGUGUUAUCUCAUCAUGAGGGAUUUGUCUCACACAUGUUCAGCCAUGGAAGAGACCACUGAAAGGAAUGGCUUCACUCCUAUUAAACUACCUCCUAGUUCCGGCCCAAGACCACAUCGUUGUGAUGUCUGUCAGCGUUCCUUCCGAGAGGUCGCCACCUUGAGGAAACAUGAACAACUUCACCGAGCUGACAGACCCUACGUGUGUUCGACAUGCGGCAAGUCCUUUCUGUGGUCCUCCAAUCUCAAGGUGCAUGAACGAGUUCAUACGGGUGAACGGCCAUACAAGUGCAAAAUCUGCCAUCGUUGCUUCACACAGUCAAAUGAUCUGCGUCGCCAUGAGCGCAAUGUCCACAUGCGUGGCAAGCUUUACGGGUAUAAAAGCGCUGGCAGACCAAACAGUCAUGUUAACCUUGCUGCCUACCAAGCUUUCGCUCUCCAACAGAGGGCGCUUUUACAGCAAGCACUGACAUAUGAGAGCUUCAUGCAGAAUGCGGCUGCUGCAUCUCAUGUAAACUCCUUCCAUCCUCAUCCUCAGCAAGUGAUGGUACAGAAACCGCAUGAAACAAUGUCUACCUCAGUCCCUAAUCACAACCCCAAGGAAUCUACCUCUGUGAGCCCAAUCAAGUUGGAGCAAGUAACACCUCCCUCGACUCCAAGCGAGACGGAUCCGGAAACACGAAACGGCCUGGAAAAGCGCUCCCUGUCCACAACCUCCCCACACACCUCGGACAGCCUUCAAAGCCCACUACCUUCCAGCUACACACCUCUGUCUGCUGGUUCUGCAGGUAUGAUACAGUCACCUCCCCUACUUAUGGCUUCAUCUGCACCUCCAAUGACAUACGGGAAAGAGGAAUACAGUAAGAAUUGCUAUUCUCCCUCGGUUCUGCAAGCUCGCAGAGCAAGCGAAAAUGGUUAUUCUCCGUACCACUAUGGAAACGGCAACCUGUCACCUCAUGGCUAUGUGGCUAACCAACACAAUCUACCUCAGGCCCAUGGUCACAUCACAACCUCAGAGAGCAGUCCGUCACAGCAAGAAGACAAGACGUCUUCCUGUGACAAGGUAAUGGACCUCAGCAUGGGGAGCAAGAACAGCAGCGAGAACCACGAAUCGGACCUGGAUGAUGUAGAGUUGAAGGCCAGUAAUGGAGAACACAUGCCACCGCCGAAGACUCCCAGCGUGGAGUCGGAGUGUGACGGGAAGCGGGAUGUGACAACUACCUCAGCGAGCCCGAUGGCCGACUCAGGGAUCCACCACUGUGAGCACUGCAACAUAUUCUUCUAUGACUUCACGAUGUACCAUCUGCAUCAGAGUCUGCACUCCCCAUACGAAGAGCAUCCCUUCUGCUGCCCGUCCUGCCAGAAGCGUUGCCAGGACCGGAUUGAGUUCAUGUUCCACAUUGUAUGGCAUGUCAAGUACCCAAACACCAUCCCAAACUAUCAGCCCUUCAAGGAGAGUUACCUCACUUCGUGAGAAGCCCUCUGCAACAAGUGGCUGGUCGUGCAAGAUGGGACGUAAAAGCAGGAAAGUCUUACUUUGAGUGUGCAACGGAGCUAACUCACAUGGCACGACUAGGGACAAAUGACAGGCAUAAUUGUGUUUGCAUGAUGGAAAGGAAAAUAUGGUGCAUUUAUUAUACAAAAUUUUCUUCGAACUGUCAUAUUAGAUGUUAUUCUUUCUGUCCGUUUUGUUAUGCUAGUCAUAGUAACAAUAACUUGCCAUGUCUAAUUACUAUGAAUUCUAUUAAUUGAAGAGUUCCUUGUUCAAGGGAGACAAUCAUGUAUUGGUUGAACUUGUAUUUUUAAGGAGAUGUAACCGAAAAUGCAAAACAUAGGUGUUUGGUUGCAAGAUUACAGUGAUAAAACAUGGGAGCGGUGUCCCUUUUGUACAUGUUUUGGUGUGCCAUUAGAAAUUUGUUUACACUAUGGAGUGAGAUUUCAUGAAUUUUGUGGUUCCGGUGUCUUGUUUACGGAGAAGUAAAAAUUAUCUGAGAUGGUUGUCUUUAAAGUUAGUUGUACUAGCAACUACCGGUGAGAGAAUACUUGACACUGAGCUUUUGGGUUGAGAUUCAUAAUGAUGGAAGUUUUAGUAUCCCCCAUUUUAUUGUGUCUUGUCAGUUUCUUGUUUUCCGAAUGAAUCCAUUUUGUUUUGUGUUUUGUUUUACAUUCUCUGCCUUUUAGCCAGGGACGUACAUUACUAAAAUUUCACGAUAUUUCCUUGACCCUGUCAUGAACAGUGAGUACCUCAGUGUAACGAUUUUCCUGCAUUUGAAGCUACCUCAAAGAUGUUUUAGGAAUUUUGUUAUUUAAAAAGUUUAAUCAUGAAUGAAGUACGGGUACUCAUAACUAUCAGAAGUUGAUAUGCUCAUUCUUCAGUGGAUGCACUGGGAACAGUGGUCUACCCCUGUACAAAGCUUUCAAAAGUCAGCUGUUUUAGUUUCUUAACGAUAUUAACACCACAUAUUUUCUUUUGUUUAUUGCAUCUUGUUUUUCAACAAAUUGAAUAUUUUAUAUGAACUGAGGAAAGGUUUAAUUUUUUCCUAUUAUUCAUUAUUAUUCUAUUUCUUUUUAAGAAAUACAUUCUUACAUGGUGUGGUUGUUUGUUCAUAACAUUCAAAAUGAAUUAUACUAUCUUAAAAUUCCUGGUAGGCUAUUUCCACUUUUAUUGAGCUAUGUUUCUGAUUGUCAGCUUAAAGCCAUGUCAUAGGCAACAGUAAGUAUGUGGUUACAGUCUAUGAAUAUAUUCACAAUAACCAUUCAUACUUUCAGGGUUGAAACAGUAUGGAAGCAAAUGUUAUUUUUGGAUGGUUGAAUAAUCAAGAUUGGUUAAAUUCUAAAUUUACAUACGAAUAUGUAUAUUUACUUUUUAAAGUAUUCGUUGAUGAAGAUAAUGUUCUUUUAUUAAAAAAUAUAAAAACCUUGCUACUUUAUGUGCCAUUGUAUAAAAUAAAACCCAUUUUGGUGCUUAUACCAGUUUACUGGUAUUUCAAACAAACCAUCCUAGAAAACAGUUUUGUGAAAUACUGUCCUUCCUUUGAUUGAAAUGUUCUCAGUUGUUGAUAAUUCCUUACCGUUCCAUUAUAUCCCUAAGCUCAUGAUCCUAUUCAUUAUCUCAUACAAAUAAACAUUCUGAACAGGGCUUGUGUUCAAGCCAUGCACUUCAGGGAGUUUCAAAGCAAGCAUAACAUACUCUCAGUGAGAUUCAGGUUACCUCUGUCCUUGUGUGAAUGAAGAACUACUACAUCUACAAACUAAUUAUCACCUGGAAGUAAUUUCCCCAAGAUCUCUUGCAUAUUUGCUAACUAGUAAUACCUGUACUUGUCAUCCAUGUUAAUUCCAGACUGAUGUAUGGCUGGAUGUGUCGUCAUAAAAAAGCAGGAAACUGUAGCAACAGGAAUUUGGCCCCCAAAUAAUAAAAGGCCAGGCAGUUUGUUGAACUUGUUUUUCUGAUUUUUCAUCUUUUGAAUUAAAGUGACAAAGUUCCCAAAACAAUUUAAGUGCUGGCUUCCAUUUGCUGUCCAUUAAAGAUGAUAGCAAUGAUAUUUUAUUUUCUUGAUUAAGCUAACAUGUUCAUUUUAUUCUUAUAUUUAAUUUUGAAAUAAUGGAUGUUAAAUUCAAUUAUUCUAAGUAACAAGUACAAAUUGUCUGGCCUUUUAAUAGUUAAUGAUGUUGGAGUACAACUUACCUCAUUAUUAAAAUACUGUUAACCUAAUAUGCAAAAUCUCACAUUUUUGACACACCAAGAAUCAAUUUAUACACCAUGUGAAAUUUGUAAUCUAAGACAUAUUUAAUGUUUUCAUUCUUUAAGAGGAUGUAAUCAAAAUUAUGAUUAUGGAAUAGCUGUGUGAAAUAAGUUGCUAUUUAACAUCAGGAAUUAUGUAGCAUCUGCUGUAAGACUGUUAUGUUGUCAAGGUAACUUGGCUCACCUGAUGUGAUCGAGUGAGCAUGUGCCGGCAUCUCUCGUCAUUACCCACAAUGCACUGUUCUUAUUCUUGAUCUUCCUAUGUACCAAUAUUUUAUCGUUGAUGAAAUGCUUGCAACUUCAUAUACAGGUUAGGUUAAUGGAAAAUAUUAGCAGAAUGUUGCAGGUAUGAAUCAAUUGAGGCAAAUGUCUAAUGUACUUUUGAACAUACAAAUAUUAUUUUAUGAUUAAUACAUUGACUUCAUCUUGUCUUCGAUCUGGCAUAAGCUAAGGAUAGUCCAUCUUCAAUUACCUGAUCUUCAUAGGUUUGUUUGUAGUUACAUUUUAUGGAACCUAAUAAUUUAAUUUAUUUUUCUUUUCAACGUAAAUUUGAAUAAAAGUAUCAUAUAAUAUAUAUUGGGUAUUUUAAUGAUAAAUAAAACUUGAUGAAAUUCUCAUGGAAGUAGAAGUAGUACUUUUAAUGGAAAUACUUAUCGCAGUCUCAUGUGUUGAGACUUUAAUGCAUUUCAAGUUUUCAUACGUAAAUAACCUGGUUCAGGUUUUCAUUUUGACUAUGAAUUUUGAGGUGAGCUUCAUAACCUUAAGCAAGAUAAGUGUAUUUGAUUGUUACCCAGACUGUCAUACCUCAAAUUUAUAGGUAAUAUAUUAAUAUAACUUAUUUUUAAAAUGUUUUCUUUUUUUCUUAUUUGUGAAGUCCUCAGGAAUAUACCAUUCAUCAUUGAGCUCAGGAUCAUGAAACUUAAUUCCUUUAAGGGUGCAGGGCUGCCAACAAUUCAGGGAGAAUCACAACAUAGCUUUAUGAGAGUAUUUUGUGUCAUAUUUUCAACAACAUUAAUUGAAAUGAUUUCAUAAUGACAUAUAUUAAUAUGGUUGUCUUCAGUGAUAGGAAGCCUGUAGUGAUUGUUGAAAUUCAGGAAUAUUAUGCGGUUUAGUUUUCAAAUGCUAUUUAAUCAAAUAUUUGUGCUAAAAAUUAAAUAUUUAAAUUUUGUGAAAUUUUCAACUUCUUUUUUAAUUGUAAUGAGUAUAACAGUACUAAUUUUCUUACUCAAGAUCUAUUAUAGAGUAGAAACAUUGAUAUUAAGAUUUGUUUUCAAAUGAGAAUGUGGGCUUACUUUUAAAUUGAUGUUGAUGUUUAUUGUUAACGUUUUAAACAUUGGUGUCAUGAUGUUAUAGAAACAAUCUUUAUUCAAAUUCUUUACUAUACAAUAGAGUAAGUUUAUCUGUCAAUUAAUUUGAAGUGUGUUCUUAACUACCUCAAUUUCCUCAUCAAAUUACCAUGAAAAGUGUUUAAUUUCUUUGAAUUUCAUGAAGAGUAGCACUGUCCUGUUCCAUGUUUGAUGUUAUUUGUAGGUGUGUCCUAUUCAUAACAAGCAUAGUUGACAGAUAUUUCAAUAUCUUAAGUUGGGCCUAUCCCCAAGUGGAGAGUGGUAGCGCUGUUUGAUCUCAGUGUAACCCUGUUCCUCUGUGUUCUAUCUUUCUGUGGAUAUAGAGUAAGGUGUUUGUACAUAUCCUGACCUUUCUCCAACACAUGGACGAAAGAAACUUGACCUACCUCAGAAAAUUUCAAAUGAAUUUCAGGUAUUUUCUUUCCUUUGUUUAUGUCUGUAGAUGAAUCUAGUAUAUUGCAUCUCUUCUAGAGCAUAUGUGCUUUUAGUGUUGAAGAGAAAUGCUUGUGAAUAUAUGCUGAUUGUUUGUAUUUCAGUUUAACUGAACUCCAUGGUAACGAUUUAGAGUUGAUUGUAGUUUUCGUAAAGGAUAAUGAAGAUAAUUCUCACUUACCUGUGUAAGUGUCUUUAAGUAUAUAAUUUAGACAUUUUGAUAAUAAAUCCAUCCAUCUGAAAUCGUGCUCAUUUCUGUUCAGGAUGGUGCCACUUUCUCUGUUUUGAAGAGAGAGUUAUAAUUAUAAGCUGCAGUUACCAUGGAUACAUAGUUGCUGAUUGACCAACAUUUUAGUGUUUGCAUCAUGCAUAGUGCUGUAUAAUAUACGCUACUUACCUUCUGUUUGACAUUUCAACUUGCAUUUUGUGGAAACACCCAAAAAAAUAUUUGAACACGUGUCUAUCUCUAUGUGUAUACCUGAACUGUUUUGUGCUGUAGAGUUGUAACAUUGUAGUUUGUGCUAUCUUGCUCAAUGAUACCGUGAUGCAAAUAGCAUAAGAUUUUGGAGGAUUCUCCAAGUUUUAUUUACCAUUGUACUGUUUGACUAUUUUCUUUGUUGUACAACUUGUAACUGAAAUGUCAAGUUAGGUUCACUGGCCGGUCAAAUCUAACUAACAGCCAUAUUAUAAAAUUACCACAUUUUGUUAAACUGCUUCUCGCACAGUGAAUGUUCCAGGUUUCUAAUCAGCCUCACAGGAAUUAGCUAUUAUUUUAAUAUUUGCUGACCUUUGAAGUUUAACACCUUAUAAGUAUGAGUCUUAAGGCCUAUAUUGCAUGUAUACCAAAGACUAGGCCUGCAUUGUUCUAAUGGUGUUGUUAUGGUGACAGUGGGUAUGUAGGCCCUUGUCAUAGUGAAUAUGGUUGGUUGGCCAGCCUGUUGUAUACGAUCCCAUUGUUCCGGUAGGGGUUAAAUACAGCAUGCUUCUAUGCCCUGCCAGGGACUGUCUGUCCUGUGCUCACAUAGACUACACUUCAUUGCAAUUAUUUUCUUGAAAGAUGAUUAAAUGUAACUUACGAGUAAAUCUGAUUUCCAAAUUUGAAUGCCUCUUGCAGAACUGGAAAAUAAUUUCCUGAAUUCGAUUACAUUUUGAGAUUUUAUUUUUGAAUUUUGAAUGAUUUAAUUUUUGCAUGAGUGUAGAUCUAUAAUCAAAUCAAAUGUAUAGCCCAUUGUGGCAUCUCUCAGGUUAACAAAAAUCAGGAUUGAUUUACACAUAUAACUAUAUAGAAAUACCUCUCUUGUACAUGGUACUGUGUGUUCCAUAUUAUAGAUUUAUGUAUUUUACCUUACCUGUAUUUACGAUGAUAUGUCAAUUGUGUACAUUGGUCUACUAGCAAGGCUAUGUGUAACCUUUUCUGCUUCCUAGAAGGCUAGGUUUAUUGAUAUUUAUGGCUUUUACUAGAUACUAGCUGUUUCUAUUCCCUGUGAGACAAACACUGUUAGAAAAGGGAAAGUGGUGUACAGAGACUUGAAGGAAGGACGGGGAUAUCCUUGUCUUACCAAGGGAGAUAACUAUGUUUGUAUCACAGGUGAGCUUGUGCAUUUACAUUCGUGAUACUUCAAGUAGCUCAGCGGUUCAAGUCUUGAAAAAUAUGCAUUUGUACAGUUAUGUGUAUUUGUGUUGUCUAGUAUGCUUCAUCGCGUGUUCCACAUCAUCAUCAUCUGUCAUAGUUUUUGUAGGUAGCUUGUGAUACAUCCAUAGGGCAUCAAUAGUGCUACAUGAUCAGUCUUGUUCUGGGGAACAAAGUGCACCAAUGUUCAGUGGGAGGUGAUACUGUUCAACAUAAUCAACAUGCAUUCAGCACCAUGAAACUUGAUUACUCACAAGUAAUGAAUUAGAUUUAAAAUCUAUUGAACUUCAUUCCUAGUCAAUUUGGACUUGAUUUUUUUUUUCAUCCAAAUCAAACUUUUUUCAAAAGUAGCACUUUCAACAGAAUGUCAAGAGUCUCAUGUCGUUUUUAUGUGACAAUAGAGCAAUCAGCAAGCCUUCGUUAAAUUGGAAGCUGUUCAUGAGAAUACGUUUGGUUGCAGCAAGUUGAUUAUUUAGGGCUUAAGGAAUACUGUUACAUCCUUGGACUUGGGCACCUGAAUCUAUAUACUUAUAUUAUGACGUACAUGAAUUUGAUUUCUUUUUUUAAUUUUGGACCUGUUACUUGAAGCAGUAUGACUGGAACAUUAGUAUGUUGGUAUGAUGGUUAAGGACGACUGUUGGACUGGUGUCUUUAUUUCACAGAACAAGCCUGUAUCUAUGAUUACGAGUUCAUUCAUGAUCAUUGUGUAUAUGUCAUCAAUAAUCACAUUGUACCUGCCUCAGAGUCAUUCACCUCUCAGUUGGUGUUCUCAGAACGCAUUAAGUCGAACAGUGGCUAUUCUCGCUGUCUAAUGAAUUCAGGGCGUGAUUGGAGCAUGGCCAAAUGUUUGUGAAUGAAAACCGGUGAAUGAGAGGUCUUUUAUAGGGCAGGCCCCCUUCAGUUGAUUUGUUACAGAAACCCUUGGAGGACAGGCUUUUGUUUUCCUUGUGUUCCAUCAACCUGAUAAUCCCAGUGGAUAGCUUAAGAAACGAGCUGAUUCAAAGAAAUGAAAUCAUCCUUUUUGUUUCAAUGUAUUUUAGGGUUUUUUCUAUAACCUGUGGUUACUUUGUUAGAGUUAUUGAAUAAUUGGGGUACAACCAAUGUGGGAACAUAUCUUGACACUGGUUCCUCUGAGAUUGUUUUGGUGUUUGUGAAACAACAGAUUUGUUAAUCAAUAUAUUUUGCCUUUUUUUUAAAUAUAACCUUUUGAUUACCCCCAGUAAUUUGAAGAAGUCUCUCCAGACCUGUUUAUUUUACGCAUUUUGUUUGGUUGAUUUUUAUUGAGUGAGAGAGAGUGGGUAAAUAUGUUUCCUUCAGCUGAACCAGCCUCAUGUUUUGAUGAAGCCAUGCAAAUUUGGUUUCUUGUUUUGCUCAUCAACCAUUUGGGAAAAAAAUAUGAUGGAAACCCUGACGAAAAACAAGCUGUGGCCCAAUUAACAGGCAGCUUCCUCAAAUAUUAUGUUUUAGUUUCAUUUGCAAGAGUGACAAGAUGAUUUCAAGGCAGCAGAUUUCUUCCCUCCUGCGUGUUUUGACAGUGACAACUGCCAAAAGGCCUUUGAUUAACUAUCUCUUUAAGCCAAACCGGCUAUUAGAUGUUCCAAAUUUCCCUCCAUGCUUUAAGAUUUUUAACAAAUGAAAUCUUUAAUGAUAUUAUCAACUUGAUCUUACAUGAUCAGUUCUAAAAAAUAGGGGAAAAGAUAAAAUAUUAAGUUUGUGACAGUUAAUUUUAUUCAUGUCAACUUGAAAUUUGAGUUGCAGUUUUUCGUUAAUCAUUGAAUUACUUUUGUCUAAAUUGAUAAAUUCCUGGCAAAGGUUUUGAACUUUGAAUUUUGUUUGGGUUGGUGCAGCUGAAGAUGAAUGACUGUGGGUGUUUUUUCAUGUUCAAUACUCAGUUAUUGUUUAUUUUCAGACAUGAGCAAUUUAUCAAUGUAUCAAAAUUGAAAUGCAUCAUGGCGCUGAUUUUGUUAAGAAAUUGAUUUGACAAGCGUUAUCAGUCCUAUCCAGGCUAGAUGACCUGAUAUGCCUGUCUCAACAUAUUCUACCAUGUGUCAUAUUCCUGUUAGAGGUUCUCAAAAACCAGAAAUCCUUGUAAGUCUAGUUCCGCUAGGACUCUAAAUGCAGACAGUUGAUUUUGAUCUCUGAAUAGCAAGAGGCAUUCAGAAAAAUAGUUGAUCCAAAACUGGAACUGAUUCAGAACUAAAAUUGUACAUUUGUGAAUUUUCUGAAACCAAAUUAUGACUUAAUUAGUUAUGAUUGUGUGAGUCAUGAGUGAGGUCAUGCUAGAGAGUGAUGUUAGCCUGUCAGCUUCAUUAGAUAUCAGUUGUAGAUGUAGACUGUGAGUUGUCAUGCUUCCUGUAUAGAGGCUUCUGUAGGCUGUCAUGCUUGUGCAAUCCAAUAGUGCUUUCUGUGUUCACAUAAUGUUUGUGUAGCUUAUUCAGCAUCUUGUCCCAUCAGUAAAGACAAUGGUCAUUGUUUGUUUCCAUAUUCGGCCUGAUUUGGUGACGACAACUACAACCACAGGCUUUGAUUUGUAUUGCUAUUGGCAUUGAAUAAUGAAGUAUUUUCUAAAUGGUCAGUUGGACCCGGUGACUUAUGAAAAUAUCUUGGUGUCAUGGGUGUUUUUCAAGGGUUGAGUUUAAAUUUUAUGAAAACAACCAUUGACCGGUGAAUGACCACCACUUUUUGCGGAAGAUCGGUGCCUGAAUGUGAUCUAUGACCUGUGAUCAGUGUCAGGAAGACGGAGGGACAACAUGUUUCGUUUAAUCAGAAUUCUUGACUUGAAUCCGUGUAUUGUAGUGGUAUACAUGCAUACUGGUACUAUAUAUAGUAUAUAUAGCUUGUACAGUUAUAACCUCACUCCUGGAUAUACCAGUGAAUUCUCCCAUCAUGUUAGGACUAUGCACUAAUGAGGAAGAGUCCAUUUGGAUUUGUGGGUGUUUGGGAGUUGAAGCUGUGGUUGCCAUAUUUGAGUAUAUGCUAGAUAUUGGUACAUUUACAAUGUAGUCGCGUAAGUGUGUUUGUCUUACAGAUUCUCUUGCCUAUGAUAUCGCACAACAUUUGCUCAGUAUACUAUGUUUCUUGUUGCGAUUCAAUGUAUUUUCAACUCUUUUGAAAAAUUGCAUUGUUUAAUUGUUCCUUGUUAAGCCUUCUCCAUGUUUGAAAUGUCAACAAUAUUUCUCUUUUAUUUCAAAUCCAUACAAGAACUGUUUUCCUCAAGCUCAUAGUCACAAUUACCGAAGUACUGCAAAAAAUCUAUCGUAGCCAUUUUGGUUUUAGAAGGGUUAUUGAAAUGAAUAUUUUAGAACCUUAUUUUCCUUCAUAAUAUAUGCCUUUGAUUAGUGUAUGUGAGCACUAUUGUGUGGUUACUUGUUCAGACUUCUGACCUUGCUCACAUUCAUGCUCAGCAGCAACUUACCAUUCAAGUUGGCAUUCAAGGGAAUGCUUGAGGAAAUCUGGUUUUGAAUCUUGUUUUUCUAUGGAUUUCUCCAUGUAUGUGUGUGUUCAAUGUUGCAUCUCAGGAGUACCAUUUUGGCUACAUAAUACACUCAUAAGACAUAAAAUCAAAUAAAUCAAGCUGUCAGUUUGAAGCCUCCAUACCCACAAAUGUCACUCCCUCCAUGCCUACCUUCUAUUGACAACCAUACUUCAGUCAGAUAUAGUUGAAGAGCCAAUCACAUUGUCAGUUGAUUUUCAGUUCACAAUUCAAAACGGGUACUAGGCAGUAAGUCAUUUAUUUGAUUUUGUGGUCUUGAACUUUCUGACGAGCUGGAACAUAUACAAGUGCUAUAGAACAUCCUCCAUACUUUGUAUGGGUUGUUUAUGUGAAUAUAUAUCCUGCACCAACUGGUGGUAUGGAGUUUCAGCUCGGACAUUUCUACUUUCAAAUUCUCAUAUUGAUGGAUGCAUUAAGCCAGCAUCAGACAAGUUGUGACAAGUCAGGGGCAGAGCUGAAGGAGUUGAUACUCAGUACAAAUGUCUUAUAUGAAUGUGAACAAGCAUUCUCCUAUACCAACAGCUGUGCAUGCCAUGUCUUUCAAGACAAUAUCAGCAAGUCAUCUCACGCUUUCCAUUCCUCCAGCUCAUUCUGAGUUUGGCCUUCCAUCCACCCUGCUUACACCCACUGCCUGAUGGCUUCCUCAUUCCAGCAGUGCCUCCAUGUUACCAAUGUCCUCCAGCACCUGCCCUGCCCUGCCCUGCCCUGCCCUGCCCCAUGCCCUGCCCUGCAGUCCAUAUCCUUGGCCUACACCUGUAACAAUCCUGUGUAUGUAACAUUUCAUCAAGAGCUGCCAGUCCAGUGAGUAAUGUGGCACCUGCCUCACCAUGACCUGUAAAGAAUCUGUUUAGACAACAUUUCCUCAAGAACUCCUAGCCCAGUCUCAAGUUAUCAAUCCUGCCCAUCCAUAUCACCGAAAGCCGUGUAUGGGCAAUGCUUCAGCUAGAGCUGCUUUUCCAGUCUCCUAUUCCCAACCUGCCCCUCUGUAUCGCCAGAGACCCUGUGUAGGCAAUGCUUCAGCUUGAGUCCCUGUUUCAGUGUCAUAUCCUGGUCUUGCUCACAUCACUCUGAUGCUGUGCUGUCAGCUUCCAUCCUUCCUUUUGUGGUAGUGUUCAUAUAGUGAAGUGAGUGCAUUCACUUUGGGGAGGUUCUGUUUGAUCCCAGUGCUGCCACCUGGUUGAAUUGAUGAGCACAUCUACAUACCUAUGUAAUGAUUACAUGUUUCGAAAUUGGUUGUUUUGCAAGAAAUAUCAUGUAAAGGAUACAUAUUACACUCAUUAUUGUUUUACUUGAAAAAUUAUAUUAAUUGCUGUUAAUUGGCAAGUUGAAAAAAAUUCCUCAAGCUACGUGGCAGCAUGGAAUCAAGGGAGAGAACUAGCCAGAUCUCUUGUUUAUUAUUUGACGUAUUAUGAAACGGGUGCCAUAGAUGUUAGGCAGCUUAUGCAUCAUCUCUGCCUUUCCUUAUUAUUUGUUGUUUCUUCUUAUUUACUAUGUUUGUGUGUGCUUGAUUUGCUGCCAAUACGUCUCAUCUUGUAAUGGGGACCAUGUUUGGCUACUUACGAAAUUAGGCCUCAUUGAAAGCUCUCUUCUGUCUUAACACUGCUGACUUUAAUUCUGUAUUUAUGAAACAAUUCAGGGAUGAUAUGAUUGACUUGAAGUCACCAGUAUUUGGUCAGUGUUUUUGGUAUUUAUUGUUUUGCAGCUAUUGACAGCAAAUCAAGCUUAUAUUGUACACCUUGUAGUUUUGUGUGCUUCACUAUUAUUUUGUCCUCAAAAACAUGAGGUUCUACACAUGCUUUGCAAGGAACAUUAAGAUCAGGAAAAUCUGAACUCAGAAAUUAUCAUUAUAUAUAGGUAUAAAACUCACCAAAUUGGAUCUGGUAUUAAUUGGAUAUGCAGAAAUGAAUAUAUUUUAAGCCGUGCUGUUGAGCUGAAAUGAAAAUAAGGAUUUAAUCAGGAAAUUUAAUCAGAACUUCGUGUUUUUGACAAACGUAACAUUCUGUACUUAAAGGGCAUUCAACCUGUAAAUCUAAUGGUGAUGGUUGUCAAUUGUGCUUCUGUUUCAUUCAGUGGAUGAGGGUAACUCAUACAUUGAUAUGCUUAACAAAUAUGUACAAUCAUGAAAUCACAAUACUAGUAUGUGCUUUCAGUGAUGUGCCCUUUUGGUGCAGAUAUGUUAAUUGUUACCUUAAUUAGAGUGAUUGUAUAUAAUUUAAAUUCAAAGUAUGCAUUCUUAUGUGUGGAUAUAUCAAGAAAGAUAAGACUGUUGUCUGAAUUCAGCUGACGUGUAGUAAUUCUUUCGGAGUCUACCUCAUGUUACUACUUCAGGGUGUGCACGGGCAGUUGUUUCAGGUUUCAACAGGGAAAAGAUAGGGACUAGUUGACAACCUUGUCACAUCCCUCCUUUGAUGAAUUUUAUUAUUGAAUGUCACUCUUAGUUUUAUAUAGGUUUUAGUUUGUAUUACUCUUAGGGAUCAGCUAACAUUGUAGUUUUUAAUAUUGUUAUUACUCUGAUAAAUGUGCAUUUUGCUGCCUCACUCGGUAUUUACAUUUAUUGUUACUUGUAAUAGUUAACAACAUAAAGUUACUCUUAACCAUC